GGUAUAAAAUAGACACAAAGAAACGUUCUUCUUCCACCAAGGAAAUAGCUUAGCAACAAUAAUAAUAAGCUUGAUUAUCAAGGAAGAAUAUUCCGUACUAGCUAAGCUAAGGAUCAUAUUGUCUUAUCAUCAUCAUCGUCGAAGAAGAAGAGUGAGAGUUAGUUUGAACAAAAAUGGAGUUGUCGAGAGGAAGUAAUAAGAUAUGGGAAGUGGUACCAUUUUUAUCUAUGUUUUUGAUAGAAGGUUGUACCAUUGCCUUAACCAUAACCGCGAAAUCGGCUAUGGCGGUUGGAAUGAGCCAAUUUGUGUUUGUGGCUUACUCUAAUGCCCUUUCUUCUGUUCUCCUCGUUGCAUAUUGUCUCAUCUAUCAUAGAGAUAGUAUGAAAAUGGUUUUCAAUGUCAAGCUUCUCUCUCGAUUCUUCCUCCUUGGUCUUACCGGGAUAACAAUUGCACAGAACCUUGCAUUUACAGGACUACGUGACAGCUCACCAAUAGUUGUUUGUGCAAUGGGACUUUUACUACCAUCCUUCCAAUUUUUCCUCAAUCUUAUUCUAAGGAAGGCUAAGUUGAACAUAACGAGCAAAAGCACUCGCAUCAAGCUAACGGGAGUCAUAGUGUCAAUCAUUGGAGCAAUCACGGUCGCCGUCUACCUUGGCCCUUCCAUGCUUCCCGGACCGAUAAUUGGUCCGAUCAUGCUCCGUGGCACUAACUUUCGGUUCGUGUUUGUCACCGCCACAGAAGAAUGGAUGUUUGGUACCUCUUUGCUAGCUCUUGCUACUUUCUUCAUAGCAAUAUGGAGUAUGAUACAGGUAUCAACAUUCACAAGAUUUCCGGAUAUGAUGGUGAUUGUAGCUUGUUACACUGUAUUUGGGACUAUCCAAACAUUUUUUGUGGACAUCAUUGCAAAUGGGGAUUUAAGUGCUUGGAAACUAAAGUGGGACUUGGAGCUCCUUAUAAUCGUCUUAUCGGCCUUAUUUGGGACACUAGUACGGAGCAGAAUCCAGGCAUGGUGCAUGAGUGUGAAGGGCCCAAUGUAUGUGGCCAUGUUCAAGCCUGCUGGGAUAUUUUGGGCUAACUUUUUUGGCGAAAGCUUUUUUGGUACUCUUUGUUAUGGAAGUGUGAUCGGCACGAUUAUAGUAGGUGUGGGUUACUAUACAGUACUAUCAGGGGUCAAGGAAGAAGCUAAAAAACAACAAAAUGACGAAACUAACAAACCUGCUCCAUCUGAUGACAUCAAGACUCCUCUUUUGCUAAAUCAAGAUGCCGACGAACAAGUCUGAAAUAUAAUUCCUGCAUUUUCUACAAAUAAACUAGAAAUUUUCAUUAGCAGGAUUAUGGAUCAAUUAUUAAAGCUUGGAGGGAGAAAUUUUCUUCCAUUUUCUGAAUUAUUGAGCUUGGAGGAAGAUGAGAUGAACUUCAGGCUUUCGCGAAAAUCUGUGAAUUUUAAUAAUAAAUGCAUGGGUGAAAUAUGUGAAUUAUUAUUUUCUCUAAAGUAUGAAGCCAUAAUGUAAAUAUAUUAUUGAAAAAAAAUGUAUUGCUCGGUUUUUUGUGGAAGCUAGUAUUGAGGUUUAUUUAUCCCAUUGUACGUACGUAAAUCGGAAGCAUGCAAAUUAAGCUAAGUAUUCCGUACGUGUUCUUAAGUUGAGGGCUUGCUUCUCUCUUCUUUAGAACUCCAAGUUGUAAUUUUGUUUCUUAAGUAAGUACUACGUACUACGUAAUUAUUAAGAUGAGGAAAUAAAAAUCUAAGUUUCUAUUUUCCUGCAA